UUCCUCUCUUGUUUUUGUUUUGCCUUAUAAAACAUUAUUGUAAUUUGCCUAAUAAUAUAGUUUUAUUUUAUGUUUUUAAAAUAAAGAUGUUCCUGCUUGUUUUUCUUUUUUUUUUUUUUUACAUGUGUAUUAUUAUGCGGCGAAAAGAGUAUUUUGUAUAAUUUUUAGGUGUUUGUACCUUUAAGAACUAGUAAGUACUUACAAAACUACAAUACCCAGCAUUCCCGACUCGUGCGUGACGUCAGAACUGAUUGAAUCACUGGCGGGACAAAAAAAUUCCAGCAGUGCAAACGAGUCCGAGUCAUCAGCAGCAUUAUACAAUUUAUAGCGGUCAAAUUACUGUAUAAACUUACAAUAGUUACAUCGAGUGUGGAGUUGGUAUACAUAGUUUACAGAGUGUGGAAUGGUGGCCAAAGGACAGAAGCGUAAGCUCCUCCACCGGGAGGGCGAGGGAAGAGGAGGAGCGUGGGAGAGUCAGCUGCAGUCUGUGCUGGACAUCUCCAUGGAGAAGUUCCACCGUGACCAGGCCCUCGUGGAGCCCAGCUUAUUACGCUCGGUCCUCAUCAACAACACGCUGCGGCAGGUUCAGUCCGAGGUCGAAUCUCUGUCCGCUGUAAAAAUCCCCACUAAAUCACAAACUCACUCCGGGUUGGAGUCCGAUUUUCCCAGUGGGUCCCCUUCGGCAGAGCAUAAUGCACCCCUGUUCUCGCUGAAUGAUGAAAAUACGGAGGAGGAAGUCAUGGCCUGGACUUCAGAGGAGGAUUUCUCUUUAUCUUCAGCCAUCGCUGUUAUCCUCAAAGAUCUAGACACAGUCAUAGAUGCCGCUCCUCGGGCUCCGCUCGGCUCCGUAGAGAAUCUAAUAGGAGAUGCCAGGCUCGCGCAGUCGAGUUCGAGGACUGAAAGAUCGUCCAGCACGGUGCCGUCCAUCAAAUCAGAGGCGGCGUGUCUAGGUUGUCCUCAGGAUGUAGCGUUAGAUAAACUUGUCCUUGACAUCGACGCGUCUGUGUUUGAACCGGAGGUGAAUCUUCUGCAGGGUUUCUCCAUCACGGCCGACGAUCUAGUGAAGUAUCUACCAUCCCUGUCCAAAUCUCCAUCAGCAUCCUCUUCCUCAUCUUUAGACUCUCAUGGUCAGGCCACAUGGGAAAUCCAGGAGAUCGAGCAUGUUAUGGACAUCCUAAUGCGAACGUACCCUCAAAGCUGAUUAUGAUGUCAUGUUUCUGAUGUUGAAGUAAUAGUUAUUUGAUAACAGUUUUUAGAGGUGUAUUGAUAACGUUGCCAUUGAAAUAGCACAAGGGAUUGAGUAAGACACGGAUUAUGAUUUGCUACCUCAUGUUUGCCAGUUUGUCGUGCAGAGUAGUUGAUCCAUGUCAGCUGAUAGUUAAUAGCAGUCAUUCGUCCGAUAGAUAUGCAUAUCUCUAGUUCUGU